AUGCACGGCAAGGUGGUCUCUUGGUCAAGGAUUGACCACAUCCUCGUCGACGAGCGACUCGCCUCUUCGCUCCGAGACGCCUUCGUUCGCUACGAUGCGCCAGCUUCCGAUCAUCGCCCGGUAUUCGCCUUGCUUACUCUCCACGCACCAAUCGACUCGCUUGCUACCCUACCCUCCACCUCCACCUCAAUCUCGCGCCUUCCGCCCGCCCUAUUCUCCGACCCGACCUUCUCGUCCGCUCUUUCGCUCCAUCUCAACCUUUCAGUCUUGCCUCGCCUCAGCACCCUCUCGCCUUCUGCACGCUGGGAGGCCAAGAAGAAGGAGAUCGUGUCGUUUGCAGGGCAACACGCUCGAAGGCGGGCCGCCGAACGGCGUCAAGUCCGAUUCGAAGCGGAGGGAGUCCUCCAAUCCCUCGAAGCGAAGGGUUCGCUCUCUCCACAGGAACAGCUCGACUACGCCACAUCGCAAGGACGGCUCACAGCUCUUGAGGACGACCGAAAACGAACGUUGUCGCUUCGUGCGCAUCUCCCGCUUGUCGACGGCGUUGCUGCCGAGACCCGCGCCCUCGAAACUCGCCUACAAUCCCGACAGACCGCUUCGACAUUCCCGUCAGUGCAGCUCGAUGACGGCAGCUCGACACUCGACAUCGACUCGGCGCUCGGUCAAGUCGACCGUCACUUCGCAAGGAUCUUCUCAUCAGAUGCUUUCGACUUGCAGGUGGUACAACAAGCUCAAGAUGUACUACUAGCCCCGGUUCGCCAGUCACGGUCCGACAGCGACCCUCGACUCGGACGUCGUUGGCCUGAAGGUCAAGCUGCUCGACUCGGCGACGCAAUCACGGUUGACGAGGUUCGCGCCGCUAUCCUCAGCGCACCUCACUCGUCCAGUCCCGGGCCGUCGGGCCUGCCGUACGAGUUCUACCAGCAGAACAUCGACCUUCUCGCUCAAGAUCUCGCCGACGCAUUCAACUGCGUCUGGGAUGAUGGCGCUCUCCCUCCUUCCCUCUCCCUUGCCUACGUACGCCUGCUCAUCAAGCGCAAGCCCGGGCUUGACCCCGCCGCCUUUGCUUCGUACCGCCCGAUCUCGCUGCGCGACGCCGACUACCGCAUCCUCGGGCGUGUCCUCGUCAAGCGGCUCAACCCGCUUCUUCCACUUGCGAUCCCUCUCUCGCAGGUCGGGUUUGUACCAGGGCGACGCAGCGCAGACGCAGGCCGUCAUCUCCAGCUCCUCGUCGACGAGCUCGCCCGCCUCGAUCUGCCCAAAGCCGUCCUCCUCUCGCUCGACCAGGAGAAGGCAUACGAUCGAGUGUCUCACGACUGGAUCUUCGCGACAUACGAAGCUUUCGGCGCACCAGCUCGCUUCAUCCGCUUGCUCCGCACGAUCUACGACGGCUCAUCACUUCGCGCUCGCUACAACAUCAACGGUUUCCUCUCACCUGGUGUACGACUACGCACCGGUCUACCGCAGGGUGACCCUCUCUCCUGCGCAUCGUGGAUCCUGACGUUCCAGCCUUUCCUCGACGCCCUUCUUCUCCGCCAAGUCGCCCUCACGCUCCCACGCCCUCUCUCGCCUUCGAUCUCGACAACUCUUGCCUUUGCAGACGACGCGAUACUAGCUUGUGGCGCAAUCAUGGACGCCCUCCCGCGACUCGAGGCGCUGGCACAAGAUUGGCGACUCGCGUCAAAUGGCCGCCUCAACACGAGCAAGACUGAGGUCCUCGCCAUCGGCUCGCUCGCUCGACACGAUCCUGACGUCCCGCUCAACAUCAAGGCGAGCCUCAAGUACAUGGGCAACGAAGGAUUCGCGACUUGGGCAGGUUUCGCCAUUGCACCAGGCGGUCCGCCCGACUCGUACUACGCCCUCCUCCUCAACAAGAUCCAAAGGCGUACUCAGGCGGCGAGUGGCUGCUACGCUUCGCUGCGCACUCGUGCCGUCUACGCAAACACGCACCUUCUCUCGCCAUCGCUCCACUCGCUCGCCUACUGGCCCGCUCCGCCCUCUUUCCUCAACUCUCUCGCGUCCCUGCUCCUCGACUUCGUCUGGGGUGGCGCCUCGCACCACCACGCCGUGAAGAAGGACACCGUCUUCCUCCCCGUCGCUCAAGGAGGACUCGGCCUUCUCAACCCUCUCGACCUCGACUGCGCCAACUCGCUCGCUUUCCUCGACUCGAUCUACACGGCAACUCCCUCCCUCUACCUCGACCUCGCGCUCGCUUCCCGCGAUCGCACCCUCUCGCCUCGACAACCCGACUCGUCCUCGCCUUCCUCCUCCUCAUCUGCCUGGACUCCAUGGACCGUCUUCCGCACCUCAAAAACAAGCACAAAAAAUCGUCUCUGGUCGCGUACCCUCGCUGCACUACGCUCUUCGCCUUUCGUUGUGUCUCUGUACCGGCUUGGACCCGCUCCCACCGCCUCUCUUUUGUCUCUUCCUCCCUCUCUCUUCUGCUCCGCAGGCUCGCUCACCAAGAUCAGAACCAUCGCUCAACUGUACGACCAUCAUCGCGUCUCCAACAACUGCCCACCCGGACUCUACACACGCUAUCUCCCGACCUCGCCUCCUCGCUUCUCAUCCGGUCUCCUCGCCGCUCGGCACGACUGGCUUCUGUUUGUGGCUGCUCACCCUCUUCUGCGUUAUUAUCUUCCCCUCGCCGACCUUGCUGGCUUCCCCGCCCCUCUCCCUACUCCUCAGGACCCGCCUCCCACCGCCUUCUCCUUCCUCGGCCUCCCUCACGGCUUCUCCGCCUCCGCCGCUCGCCGUGCUCUCGUCGCCCGCCGCUCAGUCGUCACACCACACGCACGACUCGAGCCGCACAUCCCCCAAGCCAUCCCCGAGGCGACGACGACUCGACUUUGGCGCUGGCUUCGUCGACGACCGGCAACUCCGCGGGAGGCGGACACGCAUUGGAGGAUCUUACAAGGCGCGGUUACGACUCGUCGACGGCAGUUCAAGAUGGGCCUCGCUCCAGACGACAGAUGCGUCUUCUGCGGAUUGAGCGAGUCCCUCACCCACGCCCUCUUCGACUGCGCUUUCUCCUCGUCGUACUGGACGGCACUCGUCUUCCUCCUGGCCCACAACAUCAGCGACUACAUGAAGACGACGACUCUGGCGCCUGACGAGCUCCUCCUCGGCCUACCCACUCUCACAGCCGUCACGGACGCCUCGUCCUUACCUCUCCUCCGCGCCAUCGUCGCUGUCGGCCUCCAGACCCUCGUCGAUGCUCGCUGGGCUCGCAUACGGCCGACAAACCCCACUCAGACGUCGCCGUCAGCCGGUACUCUUGCAAGUCGCGCCUUCUCAGCCAUCGCCGUCCGCCUCGAGUAG